AUGUCUGGAGAGAAAUCCAAGUCUGCUUCCCAGACUGAUGGGAAGGCGGCUCAGAACAAGAUGUCUGAGAUGGGCAUGAUGUCCUACAAGAUGUGUGUGUAUGACCAGGAGAACUUCCAGGGCCGCUGCAUUGAGAUCAACGGCGAGUGUAUGAAUGUGUGUGACAUGGGAAUGGACAGGGUGCGCUCCCUGCGCGUUGACUGUGGACCCUUCGUGGGCUUUGAGCAGAUGAACUUCUGCGGUGAGAUGUUCAUCCUGGAGAAGGGCGAGUACCCCCGCUGGGACUCCUGGAGCAACUGCCAGAAGAACGACUACCUGCUGUCCUUCAGGCCUGUCCGCAUGGACCCAGAGAAGCACAAGAUCUGCCUGUAUGAGGUCGGAGAGUUCAAGGGUCGUAAGAUGGAGAUCAUGGACGAUGACGUCCCCAGCCUGUUUUCCUACGGUUUCACCGACAGAGUGGGCAGCAUCAUGGUCAGCUGUGGAACUUGGGUGGGUUACCAGUUCCCCGGCUACCGUGGCAGCCAGUACCUGCUGGAGAAGGGCGAUUUCAGGCAUUUCAAUGAGUUUGGCGCCCGCUGCCCCCAGAUGCAGUCCAUUAGGCGCAUCCGGGACAUGCAGUGGCACCCACACGGCUGCUACACCAUGUCCUCCAAGUGA